CGUAACUUUUUGUAUAUUGUAAAUAAACAAGAUGGCAGCCUCCACUGAGCGAAUGAAAACAUUGGUGAAAAGGAAAGACGACCUCGAAUCAGAGAUUAAGGAACUUCAUUCGUUGCUUGACUCGCAAAAAAGUGUGGGAACAGAUGGUCCACUCAUUGACACAGAAGGUUUUCCCCGAUCUGACAUCGAUGUGUACUCAGUCAGACACGCCAGACACCAGAUUGCCCGUCUGCAGAAUGACCACCAGGAGGUGAUGCGGGAGAUUGAGGAGGAGCUGAUCAGCAUCCAUGCCCAGGCCAGACAGCGUCUCAGCAGCAGGGAGGAGGACAUGGAGGUGGACAAGGAGAAGCCUGAGGAGAAACCCCUAGAAGCCAUUGCCAGGAUUGACAGAGUGGAUGCCAACUCCCCAGCAGCUCAGGGGGGUUUUGAGGUUGAGGAUGAGGUGAUAAUAUUUGGCUCAGUGACGGCAGACAACUUCACCGGCCUGCAGAGCAUCGGCUCCCUGGUCCAGCACAGCAAGGAUAAAGCUCUGAGUGUGACGGUUAGAAGGCAGGGCAAGGUCAUGCGGUUGAGUCUCACUCCCAAAACAUGGAGUGGGCGUGGUUUACUGGGCUGUAAUAUUGUGCCCACCAAGAGGUGAAAUAUUUCAACCUUCACGAUCACCUUUCAUAAUUCAUGGGACAAACAUUGAGCGUCAUGGCCGGAUGACCACUUCCUGUGAUGUGACAACCAUAUGGAGGCUUGGAUGCAGCAGAGCAACUCAUCCCAGUUGUCCGUCCUCCUGUGUCUGUAGCUAGUCCCACCAUGCUGGCCUGUCUCCUCAACCUGCUGCUGUUACCUUCAACAACGAGACCCGUGAAGAUUCCGGGGUAGAAUAGGUCUUCAGCAACCCAUGCUUGCUGUAAAAGGUGACUAUGCUUGUCGUAAAAGGCGACUAACGGGAUCGGGUGGUCAGGCUACCUGACUUGGU